UGCUUGUUCACAGUAAUGUUUUGUAUUAAUAAAUGAUACUAAACGACGUUGCAAUGUGUUAUAUACGAUAAAAUGUACAAUAAUGUACGUGACAUAUAUAGCGCAGAAAUUUGUAUUAAUAACGUUUGAGGAAACCCCGCUUUUUGAGAUAACGUGUAUUUGUACAUCAAAGCACUAUUUUCUCAACUUUUAUUGGUUGUUUAAAUAAAUUUUCCUAAUAUGGAAAAUAGAAACAAUAAACAGAGAUCUCACAUGAUCACGCACUGUACAAGUUUUAAAGUAUGUGAACUAGUGACAUUACCAAGGAUUAAACUUCCAGCUGAUUUAUAUGCAGCGUUAAAUAAUAAAAGUCCUAAAAAUAAUAAACAAUUAUACAAUUGUUAUGUAAAUUUUAUUAACUAUCUUCCACACAUAAAAAAGAUAGACACUAAGUAUUAUUCGCUACUGUUUAGAAUGUUAUUGUAUUUGGAACAGCAUGAACUUCAAUUAAUUGUUGGAAGACACAAUUUGAAAAAUCAGAAACUGGAACAAGUUUCUGAUAAAUUUAGAAUUAUAGUACCUACUUUAGAUGAAGAUGACCGGUUCAUUGAUAUUGGUGAUGAGUUAACUAUUAAGUCAAAAGACUUAAACUACUCAUGUAAUUUUAAAAUAAUAGAUAUUAUGCAGAAAGAAGUAUAUGUAGCAGUAUCAGAUGAAUUUCCCAUAUCUCAACUUCUUGAAAAUAAAGUUGAUGUAUUUUUUCAUGCUGUAAAUUGGCCAUUAAAAUGUUAUCAUUAUGUCUUAGACAAUAUGUGCCAUUAUAAUUUAGAAAAUUUAAUAAAUCCCAAAAUAAAUACAGAUCAUUAUACUUCAUCAAAAGUCGAUUUGGAUUGGGUUCAUAAAAAUGUAGCAAAUAAUGAAGAACAGAAAACAGCGGUGAAGAAUAUUUUGAACAGUUCAUCAUACCCUGCACCAUAUAUUAUAUUUGGUCCUCCUGGUACUGGAAAGACAACAACAUUAGUUGAAGCUAUUUGCCAAAUUAGGAAAAAAUACAAAUCAAAAAAUAUUUUGGUAUGUACAUCUUCAAAUGCAGCAGCAGAUGAAAUUACAAGGAGAUUAUUGCAUCUCCUUCGUCAUAAAGAUGUAUUUCGUAUGUAUUCCUCACAUAAAUGUUGUAGUGACAUAGAUGAACAAAUUUAUCCAAUUUCAAAUUUUAUUAAUGAUGCGGUUAUUUAUCUACCAAAAGAAAUUUUUAUUUGGAAGAAAAUUGUUAUUUCAACAUUUGUAUCGUGUAUGAGAUUGGCGAAUCUUAAAUUACAAACUAAUCAUUUUUCGUAUAUAUUUAUUGAUGAAGCCAGUCAAAAUAUAGAAAUAGAAUCAUUAAUUCCAUUUGUAAUCACAAAAAAUAGAACUGAAGCAACAUCACAUGUGCAAGUUGUUAUUGCUGGUGAUCCAUACCAACUGGGGCCUGUAAUUUCAUGCAAAAAAAUCGAACAUUUAUUAGGAAGAUCUUUAUUAGAAAGAUUAAUGGAAUGUGAACCAUAUCAAAAAGUAAACAAUAAAUAUAAUUCCCGUUACAUAACAAAAUUAAUUUUUAAUUACCGUAGUAAAGAAGCUAUUAUAUAUACGUCUAAUAAAGAAUUUUAUGAAGGCGAUUUGUUGUGUUUUAAAAAGGAAAAUACACAUAGCAUAAUUUCAAAUUGGCGAACAUUUUCAGAAAAAACAUUUCCUGUCUUAUUCAUUAAAGUUAAUGGCGAAGAAAUAAGAACGCCUAAUACGAGUGUUUAUAAUGAAAAAGAGAUCGCAGCCGUAAGAGUUAUUGUUAAUAAAUUAAUGAAUUCCAAAAUUGGUAGUCGCGAAAUUAAAGAAGAAGAUAUUGGAAUUUUAACUCCAUUCAAGCAGCAAAAAAUUAUGAUUGAAAGAUAUGUAACAAAUAAUAUAACUGUCGGAACAAUAGAUACAUUCCAAGGACAAGAAAGAGAAAUUAUAAUCUUAAGUACAGUACGUUCAAAAGUUUUUGAACACAACAAUAAACGACAUAUCGGUUUCUGGUCCAAUCCAAAGAGAUUUAAUGUUGCCAUGACAAGAGCAAAAGAUUUAUUAAUAAUAAUAGGAAAUCCACAUAUUCUUUGUCUAGAAAAAUAUUGGUAUACUGUAUGGCAAUAUUGUGAAGAAAAUAAUGCAACUAUUUUUUUGGAUAAAAUCUUAUCUGAAGAUUUUAAUAUAUGAAAUUUUUAAUGUAUAAUAAAAAAUUAUUAAUUAUCCAUAGACUAUUUUUUUACGAAAGUAAUCUAUUAAUAUAUUACAAAGACUUCGUUUUC